AACAUCCUGGAGCUGACAGUCUGCGAUGAGGAUACUUACACACCAGAUGACCAACUUUUGACUGUUCGCUUUGAUGUAGCUAAAAUCCAACUUGGAGAAAAAGCUCACCUGAAUUUUGAGUUGAAUCCAGAGGCCCGUGAAGUUUCCUGUUUGGAAGUACAUGUGAAUGAAACAAAAAUGAAGAGCCCUUACACAAGGAGAGAUUUCACAUUCAGAAUGAAAGGAUCCUAUGAAGGAACCCAGGCUGUUUCCAUAGGUCCUCACUGCAGAGGGGGAAGCACUGAAACCACCACGUUCCACUACACCAAGCACAGUCAACCCAGACUGCACAUGACGCUGCCAAAGGAGCGUUUUUUCUGUGGACAUGGCUCAGCUGGGAGGGAAAUGGAUGUAAGUAGUCCCCUGGCUGUGCCUCUCCAUUCUCUGGACAUGGGAAAGAAAGUGACAGUGACAAGAGGUGAAUCUUAUGAGGUGUCUGUGAAGGAAGAAGAUGGUUGCAAGAAUUUAGAUUUGCGAUUGGGCUUUGAUCUCUGUGCAGAGGAGCUGAAUUUUAUCCGUAAAAGGAAGAAAGUGGUUGCUGCUGCUCUCAAAAAUGUUCUUCAUCUAGAUGAAGACUUGCAAGAAGAUGAGGUGCCAGUGGUGGCAGUCAUGACCACAGCAGGAGGAGUGCGGUCCAUGACAGCUAUGUUUGGUAGUCUUCUGGCUCUCCAGGAGUUAGGUGUUUUGGACUGUGUCUCAUACAUCAGUGGUUUAUCUGCCACAACAUGGACCAUGGCAAAGUUGUAUGAAGAUGUGAAUUGGUCACAGAAGGAUCUCAGAGGGCCAGCUGGUGAUAUCGGGAAACAUGUGACCAAGAGCAAGCUGCCCUGUUUCUCCUUGGAUCGUAUGAAAUACUAUGAAAAGGAGCUUUGUGAAAGAAAGCAAGAGGGGCACAAGCUGUCCUUUACAGAUUUAUGGGGACUCUUCAUUGAUUGUAUGCUACAUCAUCAGGAAAGUACUCAAAAACUCUCUGAUCAGCAACUGGCAGUAAAUCAGGGGCAGAAUCCACUGCCCAUAUACUUGUCCCUCAAUGUCAAGGAUGACUUUAGCACACUGGAUUUUAAAGAGUGGGUGGAGUUCACACCUUACGAGGUGGGUUUCCUGAAAUAUGGAGCAUUCGUUCGUUCAGAGGAUUUUGGUAGUGAGUUCUUCAUGGGUCGCCUGAUGAAGAAGAUCCCAGAGUCCCGCAUCUGCUUCUUGGAAGGCACAUGGAGUAAUAUAUUUUCCCAGAGUUUUAUGGAUGCCGUCUACCUCUUGGGUCAUUCGGAGGACUUCUGGCACAGAUGGACCCGAGGCACUGAGCAUGACCUUGAGGAAUAUCCUGUUUUGCCCAAGAAGCCUCAUGAACAGACAACUUGCUUAUCCAUUCCCAAAGGCUACCUUUCCAAUACUCUUCGAGAAAUGAUGACUGGACGGCCAGUGGUUUCAACUUACCAUAAUUUCCUCAAGGGCUUGCAGUUACAUAACAAGUAUUUAGAGAACAAGAGCUUUUGCAUGUGGAAAGACACAGUGCUGGAUUCUUCUCCGAACCAGCUGAACAAAAUGGAUGACUACCUCAAAUUGGUAGAUACAGCUUUCUUCAUCAACACUAGCUGCCCACCCGUUCUGAGGCCGGAGAGGAAAGUGGAUGUCAUUUUGCAUUUAAAUUACAGCGGAGGAUCACAGACUCUGCCACUGGACCUAUUCUCAGAGUACUGUUUGGAACAUGGGAUUCCAUUCCCUGGCACAGAGCUGAGCCAGGAAGACCGGGAACACCUGAAGGAAUGUUAUGUGUUUGAGGACAGCUUAGAGGCACCAAUCUUGGCCUAUUUCCCACUGGUGUGUGACACCUUCCAAAAAUACAAGGCACCAAAUGUGGAGCGCAGUCCCACAGAGAUGGAGCAGGGAAGAGUAGACGUGUCCAACUGUAUUUAUCCCUAUGGUACUGGUCUCCUUACGUAUACUGAAGAGAAUUUCAACAAGUUGCUGAACCUGUGCAACUACAACGUCCUGAAUAAUAAACAUUUAAUUCUUCAGGCUUUGCGAACUGCAGUGGAACGGAAGAAGCAAUUUAAAAACUGCUCGUCACCUCAGUUGUCUAAAUUCUAA